CCCUUUCCAAGCCUGUCGGGCGGAGCAGGACCCCGGGGGCUAUUUUUGAGACAGAGCAUGUGUACUCUCCAGUUGCCCCCAAAAUGGGGGUGAGAUGAGGCGGGGAGAAACCACCCUUCGACCAUAUAUGUGCCGCUGCAGGUCUUACCAGCGUCAGGGGGGGCCUAUGUUGAGCAUUGCCUGUAGAUCUUUGUCCAUAUCAUGAAUGCGCGUGUAAUUAUUUUCCAGUAUGCACGAUGUCUUUCUGCUUACACGCCUUGAAUAGUUGUUUAACCCGUGUGCAGCUGAACAUACCAUGUAAAUUCGCCCACGCUAACCCAGUUGGUCGAGUUGUAUUGGAAUUGUUUGCCGACAUUGUACCUAAAACUGCUGAGAACUUCCGUGCAUUAUGUACUGGAGAGAAAGGCAUCGGACCCACGACUGGAAAGCCUCUUCAUUUUAAAGGAUGCCCCUUCCAUAGGAUUAUCAAGAAAUUUAUGAUCCAGGGAGGAGACUUUUCAAAUCAAAAUGGAACAGGUGGAGAAAGUAUAUACGGAGAAAAAUUUGAAGAUGAGAACUUUCAUUAUAAGCAUGAUCAGCCAGGCUUGCUCAGCAUGGCAAAUGCAGGACAGAAUACAAACGGUUCUCAGUUCUUUAUCACAACUGUACCAACUCCUCACCUUGAUGAGAAACAUGUAGUCUUUGGUCAGGUGAUCAAAGGCAUGGGUGUUGUAAAUCUUCUAGAAAACGUUGCCGUGAAAGCGGAGGAACCUGUUAAGAGGUGCGUUAUUGCUGAAUGUGGCGAGCUGAAGGAAGGAGAUGAUUGGAGAACUUCUCCAAUGGAUGGUUCUGGAGAUAUUCACCCAGACUUUCCUGAAGAUUCUGAUAUGGACUUAACAGAAAUCAACAAGAUUUUAUCUGUAGCAGAAGACAUAAAAAAUAUAGGGAACACAUUCUUCAAAUCCCAGAACUGGACAGGGGCACUAAAGAAGUACAGCAAGUCUUUAAGAUACAUAGAAGCUUCUCUUGCUGUAGCAGGGAAGGAAGAUUCAGCAAAGUUGAAUGCUGCAGCUUUGACCUGCUAUCUAAAUAUUGCUGCAUGCAAACUGAAACUAGAAGAGUGGCAAGAUGCAAUUGAAAACUGUUCGAAGGUCCUUGUCCUCGAUCCUGCAAAUACCAAAGCACUUUACAGAAGGGCUCAAGCUUUGGAGGCAACAAAAGAUUAUGAUCAGGCAUUGGCUACUCUCCAGCAGGCUCAAGGCAUUGCACCUCUAGACAAAGCUAUCCAAAUGGAAAUACAGAAAAUUAAGCAGAAGAUAAAGAGCCAGAAGGAAAAAGAGAAGGCAGCUUAUGCAAAGAUGUUUGCUUAAAUUUAGUUUUUUGUCCCUUCUUCUCUUAUCCAGCCAUUCAGUGUACAAGCAUUUAGGGGGUUACUGACAGUCACAUUGUUACUGAUCAGUCAAUAAUGAUGCUGUUUCCCAUGUUUGGAUCUUUAAAACCUGCAUAUGAUUUCACACAUCUCCAGUAACAAGGUAGUAGUAGUAAUAUAAAGAACCUGUGUGUGUGUGAAGUGCUUUAGGACAGUUCUGACUUACGAUGACCCUAUGAACGAAUGUCCUUUAAAAUACCCUAUCAUUAACAGCCUUGCUCAGGUUUCCAAACUGAGGGUCGUGGCGUACUUUAUAGUGUCAGUCCAUCUCAUGUUAGGGUUUUUCCCCCCUGCUAUCUUCAUCUUUUUCCUAGCAUUGUCUUUUCCAGUGAUUCUUGUCUUCUCACAGUGACCAAGUAGAACUACAGUUUGGUCAUUUUAGCUCCUAGGCGGGAGUGUUCACGCUUGAUUUGCUCAAAAACUACCAAGUAAAUUUUAAAAUGAUCUAGUACAAGAAAUUUGGCAAAAAAUUUAGUAAGUUGUAGUGUUUUCUAUUCUGUUUUCGUUACUGCCAAUUCUCAGUGGUGUUAUGUGGUAGUUAAGAAUAAAAACAAUUACGCCUA